AGUAGCGCUCGUGCGCCAGUCUUCUUGCAGCGGGCGCGUGGCCGGCUGCUUGUUGCAGUGCGCGGUGCGAACCAUCACACGCGAGUUCGCGGUCAUAGGCUCGAACGAACAUCGAAAUCGACGGUCAGUGCGGUGACCAUGAUGAUGGACAACGGGGUGAUAACAAAUAACUAUGAGUACGGCGAUGGGUACAUGGAACAGGAGGAGGAGUGGGAACGCGAGGGUCUACUAGACCCGGCUUGGGAGAAGCAACAAAAAAAGACAUUCACAGCAUGGUGCAACAGUCACCUGAGGAAGGCCGGAACCGGCAUAGAGAACAUCGAUGAAGAUUUCCGCAAUGGGUUGAAGCUCAUGCUUCUGCUGGAAGUCAUCUCCGGCGAAACCCUGCCCAAGCCUGACCGCGGCAAAAUGCGAUUCCACAAGAUUGCCAAUGUUAACAAAGCUCUGGACUUCAUUGCUUCCAAAGGUGUCAAGCUGGUAUCGAUCGGUGCUGAAGAAAUCGUUGAUGGCAACCUUAAGAUGACUCUUGGUAUGAUCUGGACCAUCAUUCUACGAUUCGCCAUUCAGGACAUCUCAGUAGAAGAAAUGACUGCUAAGGAAGGUCUGCUACUCUGGUGUCAACGCAAGACUGCACCAUACAAGAAUGUCAACGUCCAGAACUUCCAUCUCUCAUUCAAGGAUGGUCUGGCAUUCUGUGCUCUAAUCCACAGACACAGGCCAGACCUUAUCGAUUACAGCAAACUAUCAAAGGACAAUCCUUUAGAAAACUUGAACACUGCUUUCGAUGUAGCAGAGAAGUAUUUAGACAUCCCUCGCAUGUUGGACCCUGACGACCUUAUAAACACACCAAAGCCGGACGAGCGCGCCAUUAUGACUUAUGUCUCGUGUUACUACCACGCGUUCCAAGGCGCGCAACAGGCUGAAACCGCCGCGAACCGCAUCUGCAAGGUUCUCAAAGUUAAUCAGGAGAACGAACGCCUGAUGGAAGAGUAUGAGCGUCUUGCCAGUGAUUUACUGGACUGGAUCCGGCGCACGAUGCCUUGGCUGAACAGCCGCCAGACUGACAACUCACUCGCUGGCUGCCAGAAGAAGCUGGAGGACUAUCGUACUUACAGGCGUAAACACAAGCCGCCACGCGUAGAGCAGAAGGCCAAGCUGGAGACCAACUUCAACACCUUGCAGACCAAGCUGCGCUUGAGCAACCGCCCCGCAUAUAUGCCCACCGAAGGCAAGAUGGUCUCUGACAUCUCUCAAGCAUGGAAGGGUCUGGAAAUCGCUGAGAAGGCAUUCGAGGAAUGGCUUCUCAGCGAGAUGAUGCGCCUUGAGCGUCUCGAGUAUCUCGCCCAGAAAUUCAAGCACAAAGCCGACAUCCACGAAGACUGGACCAGGGGUAAGGAGGAAAUGUUACAAUCGCAAGACUUCCGUCAGUGCAAGUUGAACGACAUCAAAGCUCUUAAGAAGAAGCACGAGGCGUUCGAGUCGGACCUCGCAGCGCACCAAGACCGCGUCGAGCAAAUUGCGGCCAUUGCACAGGAACUCAACACGCUGGAGUACCACGAGGUGGGCGCGGUGAACGCUCGCUGCCAGCGCAUCUGCGCGCAGUGGGACCGGCUGGGCGCGCUCACCCAGCGCCGCCGCCAGGCGCUCGACGACGCCGCGCGCGUGCUCGAGCAGGUCGACCUCCUCCACCUCGAGUUCGCCAAGCGCGCCGCGCCCUUCAACAACUGGCUGGAUGGAACCCGCGAAGAUCUGGUGGACAUGUUCAUCGUCCACACCAUCGAGGAAAUCUCUGGUCUCAUGGACGCACAUGCUCGAUUCAAGGCCACCCUCGGCGAAGCUGACAAGGAAUACCAGGCUAUAGUAAAUCUGGUGCACCAAGUGGAGUCCAUCGUCAAACAGCACCAGAUCCCCGGUGGGCUGGAGAACCCCUACACCACUCUUACUGCUCACGAGCUGAACCGCAAGUGGUCGGACGUGCGACAACUGGUGCCACAGCGGGAUGGCACACUGGCUGCGGAACUUCGCAAACAGCAGAACAACGAGGCGCUGCGACGACAGUUCGCGGAGAAGGCCAACGCCGUCGGGCCUUGGAUCGAGAGGCAGAUGGACGCUGUUACCGCAAUCGGCAUGGGCCUGCAGGGCUCUCUAGAAGACCAGUUGCACAGGCUGAAGGAAUACGAGGCAGGCGUAUACGCGUACAAGCCACACAUCGAGGAGCUCGAACGCAUACACCAGGCUGUACAGGAGGGCAUGAUCUUCGAGAACAGGUAUUCACAAUACACAAUGGAAACGUUACGAGUCGGUUGGGAACAGCUGCUCACGUCAAUCAACCGAACCAUCAACGAAGUGGAAAACCAGAUCCUCACACGCGACUCGAAGGGUAUCACACAGGAGCAGCUCACAGAAUUCCGUUCAUCGUUCAACCACUUCGACAAAAACCGCACUGGCCGCCUAGCACCCGAAGAGCUGAAGUCUUGCCUGGUGUCUGUUGGAUACAGCAUCGGCAAAGACAGACAAGGAGAACUCGACUUCCAACGCAUUCUCGCUGUUGUCGAUCCCAACAAUACAGGUUACGUGUCGUUCGAUGCGUUCCUGGACUUCAUGACAAGGGAAUCUACAGACACAGACACCGCUGAACAAGUCAUCGACAGCUUUAGGAUUCUAGCCGGUGAUAAGCCGUACAUCACGGCGGAGGAGCUGCGACGCGAGCUGCCGCCCGACCAGGCGGAGUACUGCGUGGCUCGCAUGCCGCCCUACCGCGGGCCCGGCGCGCCGCCCGCCGCGCUCGACUACAUGGCCUUCUCCACCGCGCUCUACGGCGAGACCGACCUCUAGACACAGGUCUCAGAAGAAUACUGAAGAUGGGAGAACGUCGCCGCCGCGCCGAGCACCGAAAGCACUAAUCACUUGGCUCGAGAUAUCACUUGGUGUUGGCGUCACGACACACAAAGAGUAUUUACUUUACAUUGGCAGGGAAUACCUAAAUCGCCCUAAAGCCCGUCAAUGUAACGAAAACAGUCUUUGUGAUAAAUUUAGUCUAUUAAACAGUUCUAUAUCAAUAUGUGCAAUGUUCAAACCAAAAAUGCCAUUAACUUUCAUAUACAGUAAACUCUGCUCCCUAAUGUUUAUAGUAACCUUUUGGCUCAAAUCAGAGGAAUCACUUUAUGUUUACAACUCUCUAUUUAUACAUUAGUAUUAGGUAAUUUUUAACUUUUAUAUGAAAUCCUCAGAAAGUCACAAGAAACUUAUUAUGUAAGAUAAAAAUGGUGCUAAUAUUAGGCUUGACUAAUGUGUGACACCAAAAUAAGACUCAUUCACAUUGUGAGAAUGUUGAUGUUAUAUUUUUUUUAUUUAUAAGCAAACAUUAUUUAUACAAGUUUAAUUUUUGAUUACUGCCACUAGUAAUUAUUAGUACUUCUAUGGUAGAUACCUAAGAACAAAAUUGUUCUUAGGUAGGUAUACAUUAAGUUGUCAAAAUUUAUAAAUGUUGCAGGGAAGCGUCACACAUAUUAUUUAUAUCACGUUGUAAUGCCAUUACUUGCCUGCAUCUAUUUAUUUAUCAUUUUGAAUAUCAUUUUUAUAUGAUUUUCGUUUGUGCGAGUAUUUUGGAUGGAGUACUCAAAAUAAAUGAUCUGCCAUAUGUUUUGUCUUUUAAUAUUGACUGCUCUGUUCCAACAAAUUACAACAAUAAUGGUGAAAGUAGAGGUAUAGAAAUUAAGAAAGGAUUAUGUGCCCAAAAACGUAUACUAACUCGAAUGUACAGCUAAUUUAAUAAAGAGCUCUUAAAAACA